AUGUCCCAUGCCGAAAUCAUCGAAGUGCCCCGAUAUUACCCCCCAGGGGUUUCAGAGAUUAUCGGUCGCGGUGGCGAGUGUUUCGUCGGAGCCAUUGAUGAGUUUACCGUCUUGAAAUAUCCAUGUAUUCAUGGCGAAUACGAGAGGAUUAGGAUAGAGGCCCAGCUUCUUAAGGUCCUUGGAAGCCAUCCCCGUAUUAUCGCCUUAAAAGGCCUGACGGAAAAUGGUCUCGUCCUACAACGCGCAUCAAAUGGUUCUUUGAAUGACUAUCUCAUAUCACAGUCGUUUAUACCUCUCGAUAGGAAACUACUCUGGUGUAAACAAGCUGCCGAAGCAAUCAGUUAUAUCCAUGGAAAACGUGUCAUCCACUGUGACAUAAACCUUCGGAAUCUCCUACUAGAUGGGAAUCUCGAUAUAUUACUUGCAGACUUUCAGGGGAUGUUGAAGUCCGCCGAUGGCAACACUUUACUGGAUGGGCUCUCUCGGGAGUGCUCAAAGUCAUAUCAGCCUCGAGUCCAUGGGGAUUAUGCAUGUGUGGCGACCGAUCUUUUUGCGCUUGGUUCCGCUAUCUACUUUAUUAUGACCGGACAUGAGGUCUUUCCUGAACUUGAUAGCUUGGAAGAUGAUGAAGAGAUCUUGUCGCGCUUCCAAAAUGGGCUCUUUCCGAAUGACAAUCAUCCUUGCUCUCAAAUCACAGAAAAAUGUUGGAAGCAGCAGUAUCGGCAGGCUGCUGAGAUUGUUUCUGAUCUAUGUCUUAUUCAAGUUACCUAG